AGUGGGAGCGUACUGCUCGACACUCUGGGACGAAGUUGCUUUUACGAUUAAUGCAUUGGCUUCGGGGACGAGGUUGCAUUUGAAUCAAAAUGGCGCACUCCAGUCUCAAUCAGUACUUGCAACAGCUUGAAAAUGCCUUGAACAGGAGAGAUGGCCCAACAGCAGCGGAACUGUUGUCGUUUAAGCAUCCACACAUUGCCAACCCAAAGCUGCAGAGACUCGAUAAUCCAGAGGGCCAAUGUGAGCAGUGGUUUGAUCAGCCCUAUGACGAGAUGAUAGCAGCACAUUUGAAGUGCAUCCAGUGUGUGGCCAAUCAUGACUUUGUGGAAGCCUACGCUUACCAGUCUGUAGUUGUGCAAUCUUUCAAUAAAAUAUUUCAGAGCCACAAAGAUGAUAACUGGGCCCUGCCUAUCAUGUAUGGAGUUACCUUGGACCUGAGGUUGUUUGCCAACAGUGCCGAUACGCAGCUAGCCAAGCGAGGCAAGUGUAAGCCUGGGGAGAAGCUGGAGAAAGCAGCUGAUACGCUGAUGGGCUGCUUCAGAAUAUGUGCUGCCGACAGUCGAGCAUCAGUAGAAGAAUCUAAAAAGUGGGGGAUGCUUUACCUAGUGAACCAACUCUUCAAGAUUUACUUCAAGACCAACAAUCUCCAGCUCUGUAAGCCCCUCAUCCGAGCCAUCGACAGCUCCAGUUUCAAGGACCAGUUCAGCAUCUCCCAACGAGUCACAUACAGGUACUAUGUCGGCAGGAAGGCCAUGUUUGACAGUGACUUCAAGAGCGCUGAAGAGUUCUUGACCUUUGCUUUCCAGCGAUGUCAUCGAGCAAGCAGACAGAACAAGAGACUGAUUCUGAUCUACCUUCUACCUGUCAAAAUGCUUCUGGGUCAAAUGCCAAAGGUCAAGCUCCUCCAGAAGUACGACCUGAUGCAGUUUGCAAACGUGGCCCGGGCCGUCAUCGAGGGAAAUCUAAAACUCCUCAAUUCAGCCAUCGAGACACAUGAAGCGUUCUUUGCCAAGUGCGGCGUGUACCUCAUAGUGGACAAGCUGAAAAUCAUCACCUACCGCAACUUGUUCAAGAAAGUGUACAUGAUUACCAAGUCAUUCCAGCUGAGCAUUGACAAGUUUAUGGUGGUCCUGACCUACCUGGAGCUGGAGGACGUGGACUCGGCAGAAGUGGAGUGCAUUCUGGCUAAUCUCAUAUACCAGGGUUACAUCAAGGGUUACAUCUCCCAUCAGCACCAGAAGUUGGUCGUCAGUAAACAGAAUCCAUUCCCACCGCUGGCCUCAUUUCUCUGCUGACGGAUCUUGGUCGAAAAAGACAAAAUCUCUCUCAUUGCCAUGGUUACAUCGACGGUGACAUCACCAAUCAGGACAAGAAGUUGGUCAUCGGUGAACAGAAAGUCGUUUCCUCCGUUGCCUUUUUCUUUGCCGACAAAAUAUGCUGAUGGGGAGUGUUUAGUUUUGAGAUUGUCCCUCAUAGCAGGGAAAACUUUAAGGGCCGCACAACCAGCGCGGAUCCUGAUUCCAUUGAGCUGCUAAGCUGAAAACAUGAGCAGAUUUCAGUGUGAAGCAAAAAUCAGGGUAAAACCAGAUAUAUUGAAUGUCUGUUUGUCUGGUCAUCUGAUUUUUGCUUACUCGUGACUGGACGUGUGAUGGACUGGACUACAUCACUGCUCGUUGUCGGCUUACUUGUACAUGGCGUCACAUAGUCCAUAAUCACAUCUGUACAACUUUUUUUGUGUGGUAACAAUUCACAAUUGAAACUACUUAAAUCAUUGAUUGUAUCAUUUUCAUUCUGGGAAAAACUCGGUGAUAUUUGCUCUUGUAAACUUGUACAGUUUGUAAAGUUUGAAUACAAAAAUCAUUGCUUCAAA